ACUUAGUUCGGCAAGUGUUGUAGUGAAGCUAAAUUUAUUAGAGAAUAUGUAAAAGUUAUUGCAAAGCCACUAGUCUCUUAUGUGCUCCAAGUUCGAGUAUUAUCUCGUCAACUACCAAUUCAUGUAAAGAAAUGACGAACGACGGAGGAAUAAAAAGCUCGAAGAACUAACGUACCACAAAGAUCUGCAGCACAGGCUUCCAUACCCCAAGGUCCUCAAACAAGUGGACGAGAUGUUCCCCAUACUAGAAAUGACAUCUUUGUGUUAACAAAAGAGGCGUAAAUAGAAUUGUCAGCUUUGCAUGUGAUGGAUCGAGUUCAUUUGUUUUUGGUAAAUUAUAUGAUUGAAUUUCAAAUGCAUAUGCACAUGAAAAUCUUGCCCUUCAUGAUGCUAUGCUAUGUUGGCUAAUGCAUUGUGUAUAAUUUUUUAAAUAUUCAUUUUUGUAGCGACUCUCAACCCUUCAGCUUACAUGCUAAUUCGAAAAAAGCUUCCCACUCUUGGAAGUGACAAUCCUUGUGGAAAUCCACUUAUUUUUUUUUAUAUUUAAAUUGAAUUCAUGUUGUAUUCUUCUGUUCCUAGUCCCUCGGACUUAAACAAAGUUGUGCAUGUUGUGACAAACAAACUAUUUCAUCAGUAAUUCGAUUACAUACAAACUAUCGCAUCUUAUUGCAAUCGGUCUUCUAAUUGAGUCUUAUAAUAGUGCCCUAAAAACCCAUGAGUAGUCAAAUGAACAAACCAAAAGGAAAUGAGAGAGACACCAACCAAAAACCCUGUUCUCGUCUACCUUCACGUGCAGCUCACAGCAAUUUAUCAGCCCACCUACUUGGCGUUUAUUUUUAACACUUCCGUUUCCGCUUCUUCCCACACUUACACUUGAUUGUAACCUUCCCCUCACAUUUCUCCUCCCUCCGCCACACGCCGCCGCCGCUUCCCCUCGCAGGCUUCCACUAUGCAAUCAACCUUCGUCUCCCUCCCAUGCCCUCACCCGGCGCCCGCUACUCGGCCCCGCCGUCCCGCCGCCCUCCGGGUCGCUGCCCAAUCCCCGCCCGCAGUCGCCACGCCGCCGCCGCAGUCACCGGCCGCCGUGACUCUGAAGCUCAACAAGUACAGCGCCCAGGUGACGGAGCCCAAGUCGCAGGGCGGGUCUCAGGCCAUCCUCCACGGAGUGGGGCUCUCGGACGAAGACUUGACCAAGCCUCAGGUGGGUAUCUCGUCGGUUUGGUAUGAAGGGAAUACUUGUAAUAUGCACUUGUUGGAGCUCUCCGAGGCCGUCAAGCAAGGGGUUCAGGAGGCUGGAAUGGUUGGGUUCAGGUUCAACACUAUUGGGGUGAGCGAUGCUAUCUCUAUGGGGACGAGAGGGAUGUGUUACAGCUUGCAGAGCAGGGACUUGAUCGCGGAUAGCAUCGAGACUGUCAUGAGUGCUCAGUGGUAUGAUGGGAAUAUCUCCAUUCCCGGCUGUGACAAGAACAUGCCAGGUACAAUUAUUGCAAUGGGAAGGCUUAAUAGGCCUAGUAUAAUGGUGUACGGUGGAUCAAUAAAGCCUGGCCAUGUCAAUGGCCAUACCUACGACAUAGUAUCUGCAUUUCAGGUUUAUGGGGAAUAUGUCAGUGGAGCUAUAAGUGACGAACAAAGGAAAGAAGUACUACGUAAUUCAUGUCCGGGGGCAGGUGCCUGUGGUGGAAUGUAUACGGCCAAUACAAUGGCUUCGGCUAUUGAAGCCAUGGGAAUGUCUCUUCCAUACAGCUCCUCUCUACCUGCCGAAAGUGAUUUGAAGCUGGAUGAAUGUCGGUUGGCUGGAAAAUACCUUUUGGAGUUACUAAAGAUGGACUUGAAACCACGAGACAUCAUUACUCCUACAUCACUACGAAAUGCAAUGGUCACCGUCAUGGCACUUGGUGGAUCUACCAAUGCUGUGUUGCACUUGAUUGCUAUUGCAAGGUCUGUUGGUUUGAACCUGACACUUGAUGACUUCCAGAAGGUUAGUGAUGAGGUUCCAUUCCUUGCUGAUCUGAAACCCAGUGGGAAAUAUGUUAUGGAGGAUCUUCACAAGAUUGGAGGAACACCUGCGGUACUCCGCUAUCUCUUGGAACUGGGCUUUUUAGAUGCAGAUUGUUUGACUGUGACUGGGAAGACGUUGGCUGAAAAUCUGAAAUCCUGUCCUCCUUUAUCCGAGGGUCAGGAAAUCAUAAGACCGUUUGACAACCCCAUCAAGAAGACAGGUCACCUCCAAGUAUUACAUGGAAACCUUGCACCAGAUGGUUCUGUAGCAAAAAUUACAGGAAAAGAAGGGCUUUAUUUCUCUGGUCCGGCGCUCGUGUUUGAAGGGGAAGAAUCUAUGAUGAAGGCUAUCGCUGAGGAUCCUAUGAGCUUUAAGGGCAAAGUGGUGGUCAUUAGAGGAGAGGGACCCAAGGGCGGUCCUGGCAUGCCGGAAAUGCUAACACCAACUAGUGCAAUAAUGGGAGCUGGUCUUGGGAAGGAAUGUGCAUUAUUGACUGACGGGAGAUUUUCGGGUGGUUCACAUGGAUUUGUCGUCGGCCACAUAUGCCCCGAAGCACAGGAAGGAGGUCCCAUUGGUCUCGUUAGAAACGGAGACGUCAUCACAAUAGAUGUGAAAGAAAGGAGAAUUGAUGUUGAAGUAGCUGACGAGGAAAUGGAACAGAGGAGAAAAACUUGGUCUCCACCCCCAUACAAGGCUACCUCUGGGGUGCUCUAUAAGUACAUCAAGAACGUCCAGUCCGCUGCUAGAGGCUGUGUGACAGACGAGUAAAAAGAGUAGAGAAAAAAUGAUAUACUUCUCGGCAACUAGACACACCAUGGUAGCCUCCAAAAUCCAUGAUUGUGGUAUUGAUAUGCUCCCUGCAGCUUCAUCUCCACCGGUUGUUUCUUCCUUGAGAAAAUCAAAUGCAGCUAUGGAAAUUUUGGUUUAGAGUAUGUAAUCCCUGUGCCUGGUUUCAGUGUUGUUUCAUUCCUUGAGUGAUCUCCUGUUGAUUCAACUUGGCAAAUUUGAUGCCUUUUCGAUGAGCUUUGUUUUCUAAAUUGUAUAGAAUGGAAUAAGUGAUGGACUCGUGGUUUUGCUGAUGAACAAGCAAAAAAUGGUUGUUUUGUCC